AUGAGGGAAAGGGACCGAAAAAUACGAAGUGAACCACCAACAUAUGCUUCAAUUCAGGAGGAUUGCACUGAAGACGAAGAAGCUGAGGUUUCAGAUACUGAGCAGCAACCGGCUCCGGCGAAAUUCGUUGCAACUCAGAAGAGUAACGAUGAAGGCUGGCCGAGUCAUUCUCGUGAAGAAGGUUUCUCGCGUUCAGUGUCGGCACAAUCACUGCCUGUCGGAAAGCAACUGAAGGAAAUGACCGACAUGAGCUCGUACGAACGCACAUUGCAUCUACUUGCGAAUGAUCCCGUCUAUCAUAAAGAGGUAGCACUGGGAAAACGAAUAGGAUUUUAUCGAUUAGGUAAAGAAUUAGGUGCAGGCAAUUUUUCGAAAGUCAAAUUAGGAAUUCAUGUUUUAACCAAAGAAAAAGUUGCCGUCAAAAUAAUGGAUAAGGCAAAAAUGGAUCAGAAGGCUCAAAAAUUGUUAGCACGGGAGAUUCAGUCAAUGGAGAAAAUGAACCAUCCGAAUAUUAUAAAAUUGUUCGAGUGCGUCGAGACGUUGACACGGGUACAUCUUGUCAUUGAAUAUGCGUCCGGUGGCGAGCUUUAUGCCUAUAUUCACGAAAAGGGGAAACUCUCGGAAGCCGAAGCAAAGCCGCUUUUUGCACAAAUUGUCUCCGCCGUUGCUCAUAUGCAUUCUAGAUCAUUGGUUCAUCGGGAUAUCAAGGCCGAAAAUGUAAUGUUUAGUGGUCCGGGAACUGUGAAAUUAGUCGAUUUCGGCUUCUCGUGUAUGUCACCGAAACAAACAUUUCUUGAGACAUUUUGCGGAAGCCCUCCAUACGCUGCUCCAGAACUAUUCAGAGACAAAAGUUAUUCGGGUGAUUUGGUUGAUAUUUGGGCACUCGGGGUUCUAUUGUAUUUCAUGUUGGUCGGAGUCACGCCAUUUCGUGGUGAAACUGUCGCCGAGCUUAAAACGGUUAUAAUGCAAGGCUCGUACAAUAUUCCAGAAUAUGUUUCGUUGUUGGCCAAUCACUUGAUUGCCGCGAUGCUUCGAGUCGAUGUUGCCAAUCGGGCAGAUAUUGAAGAAGUUAAAAAGAAUUAUUGGCUCCGAGACUGUCGAUUCACCAAAUCUUAUUUGUCGAUUAAAACCGAACCGACGUCUGCAGAAGACGUGCUAGCCGAAAAAACGGAAAUCAACAAUAGGGUUUGGAGAAUAAUGAAUUCAUAUGGAAUAACUAAAGGAAUGAUGGAAGAAGGUAAUUUCGAGAAAGGGCCUCGCGAUGCGAUCAUCGGAACAUAUCGAAUAGUGCAAUAUCAAGUGCAGGCUGAAAUCACAAAGGGUGGAAAAGAAAAAGAGGAUUCGACGUCAAAAACGGAGAGCCAUGAACAAGAAGCGAAUGGAUAUGACAAAACAAAACGAAGACACACGACGCUUAAAACCCGAAGUAAAACGUGCAAUCUCUUAUGA